AUGGUUGCGUCUUCAGAGAGCUUGAUAAAAACAAAAGGCGGUAAAAAGAUUUCCAAACCGCUGAUGGAGAAAAAGAGAAGAGCGCGCAUCAAUACCUGCUUGGACCAGCUAAAAACCUUACUGGAAGGCUUCUACUCCAACAAUAUUCGGAAGCGGAAAUUUGAAAAAGCAGACAUUUUGGAACUGACAGUGAAGCACCUCAAACAUCUUCAAAACACUGAGAAAGUAUUCGCUGUAAACUCUGCGAUCACCGAGUACCAGGCUGGCUUUAGGACGUGCAUCGCCGGUGUGCAUCAGUAUCUCCUCAUGAGCAACGCGAACCCUGCGCUCAGGUCUAACGCGCUCGCGCAUCUGUCUAACGCGCUCCUCUGCCUCAGCGCGCGGCUUCCGGAUUCCAGCACCGCGGACAGCGACGGCUUCACGGCUCGCGCGCCCACCUCGCCUCGCACGGACGCCACAGCGAAAGCGUCUCACGACGCAAGACGGAAACAUACUGAGAUCUCCGGCAAAAACAAAUCAACACAAAAACACAUCAGUGUAACCCGAAGCGGUAGAGCUUCUACAAACUUACAGCAAAAUUACUGGAGGCCUUGGUAG